AUGGUAACAAUUUACAACGGCUACUCGCAUCCUCAACACUUUGUUGCUCGAAUACCCGUUUUUGGGAUCAAUUACGAUGUUUUCGACUACAGAGGAGCUAAGACAACUGCUGAGGUCUUUCCCAGUUUUAACGCCGAUCAGAUCAGUUAUGUAGUUCCCGGCCCGUUCGAUCUUAUGUUCAAAGCUACGGUUCCCCCGCUGGGAUAUUCUUCUUAUUUCAUUUCGAUCAAAUCUGAAACAGGCAUGAAUGAUACGGUCACUGAUGAAAGAAAUUUUGUUCAAAGCGUGUACUGUUCAGGCAGUGUUCCUGGUUUGCAGCGUAUGUAUGGACGCUUGUACGGCAAGCGCUGUUCAGUUUCAGUGCCGAGUCUAAGACAGCGAAGGCCUCUCAGCAUAAACCUCGGCUCGAACCUAAAAAUUAACAAUGAUUUCUUUACCAUCCAUUUCAACCGUAAUGGCACAAUGAAGUCGAUCUUAGACAAGAGAUCUGGCAAAUUGCUAAACAUUUCCCAGCAGUUCUUUUACUACGGCGCAGGACCGACGCUGAGCUACGGUCGUCCAUCCGGAGCGUACGUGUUUCAGCCGGGUGCUCUCAAGCCUGUAUCGGAAAAUGCAACAAAUAUAGUUGUUUCCCAAUUCCUGGGAACGCUAGUCGAAGAAAUGAGGCAAAUAUUUUCUCCAUGGGUUUCGCAGGUGAUUCGGCUUUAUAAAGACAAGCCCCUCAUCGAGUUCGAGUGGACUGUUGGACCAAUUCCAUUAUCGAAUUACGGGCCCAACAGUCACGAUCCGAAAGAAGUGAUCACUCGGUACUCGAGUGGGAUAAGCAACCAAGGCGAAUUCUACACAGACAGCAACGGCCAUCAGAGCGUGAGACGAAAACAUCCGAAGAUGGUGAUGCCAGACCAAUUUGACAACGUUUCCAGGGAGUUUAACCUUGCAAAUGCGACAGUGUUCUUCCCAGAUCAGAGCUUUCAGCAGCAUAACGUGGUUCACAGUCGAAGAAGGAACUUCCAGCUGACAUUCUCGGCCGACAAAGACGAGAGUUUAUCGGCUAAUUAUUAUCCGGUCACAAGGUAUAUCUACAUCAAGGAUCAUGAUCUUGCCAUGGCUGUCAUCAACGACAGGAGCCAAGGUGGCUCGAGCGUUAAGGACGGUUCUAUUGAGCUGAUGCUCCAUCGACGACUGGCGUUUGACGAUUCUCUCGGCGUAGAGGAAGUGCUCAAUGAAACUGAAAACGGCAAAGGCCUAGUUGCUCGAGGACGUCACUGGUUGGUCAUCGAUUCGCCAACCGAAAUUACCCGUGUCAUACCACAUUUAGCUAUGGAAAUGUUUUAUCAGCCGCUUAUGACCUUCGCACCAGUGGAGAAAGCGAUGAAUUUGAAUAAGCAGGUCAGCGGCUUAACGCGCGAACUUCCUCGAGGCAUCAACGUACUGACGUUAGCUGCAUGGGAAAAUGAUCAGAUUUUGCUACGGCUGGAAAACUAUCGUACCUUGGACAGCAACUAUCAAGACAGAAGUGCCGUCGUCAUUGAUUUGAAAGGGCUAUUUUCCAACUUUGAUGUCAUGUCGUUAGAAGAGUUGAAUCUUUCUGGUGGUAAAUUACUGCGCACCAGACGACGGCAGCCGGCGAACGAUCUGAAAAUCUCGCUUUUUAACAUGGAAAUUAGAACGUUUGCAUGCGCCAUUGCGAGGAAGCCCGAUUUUAAAUCAAAUUUCUAG